CACAUUCGUUCAUAAUCCGAAUACUAACCGAGUAAUUUAUUUAACUCGUAUCAAUUGUAUUCAUCUAAUUUACGUAUGGAAAUAAUAAACGAUUUUAGUUGAAUAGCGACUGCAUGUGGAAGCUAUUUCAAAUAGUCCCUCUUGACAAGAUAAGAUAAUAUUUCAAAGUUGUGUUAUUUGGAACCGGUUAGUGGCGUGUAUACCUGAACACCAGCUUGAGCAGAAUUAAUUAAGACUGUGAUACGAUGAGUAAACUAGCAACGUUUAUGAAAAAUGCUUUGGACAAAUAUCCCAUAGUUUCAAAUUGUGUUAUAUAUGGAUCGUUAUGUGUUGGGGCCGAAUUUUCACAACAAACACUCACAAAGAAAAUUUUGCCGGACAAGUCUGAGCCGUAUGACUGGGGUUCCAUUGCCAGAUACAGCAUUUAUGGAACAAUAAUAGCUGGUCCUAUGCUGGCAACUUGGUACAGAUUUUUAGACCAGCAGAUUGUUGGGACUGCUAUUAAAACUGUGGCUAAGAAAGUUACAAUCGAUCAGUUCACAUUUACUCCAUCAUUAUUGGUUGUAUUUUAUGUCUCUAUGAGUGCAAUGGAGAAAAAAAUAGAUCUCUUGGAAGAAUGCAGAGAAAAGUUCAUUCCUACCUUCAAAACCAGUUGCUUAUUCUGGUUACCAGUACAAACUAUCAACUUCUUAUUAAUUCCACCAGUUUUUCGAGUCACCUACAUUGGGACCUGUUCCUUUGCCUGGAUAAACAUUCUGUGCUGGAUCAAACGAGGAUCAUCUUGCCAAGAUGAAAUAAAAUCAAUUAAUUGACAUUACAUUAAGGUUUUGAAUCUUUAGAAUAAUUUAGCCGAAUUACAAAACAAAAUGUUGAAGUAUUCAAUGUUAAGUCAUACCUGUAACGAUCUCAACUGAGAUAAUAAAAAAUGCGUACCUAAAUAUUUAUUUUAACUUUUAUUGAAGCAUUUUUAAUCUCACAUUUAUGUGUUAAACAAAUCAUGUCUUAAAUAAAUAUACGUUUAGGAUUAGGAA